ACCCAGUUACAUAAAGGCUGAUAAAAACAGGUGGUCCAAGCACCAUAACGCACAAGUGCAGUUCGACAGUUUCGACAGAGCCCUGACUUUCAAGAAGAAAACCUGUUUUUCUUUGCUUGUCAUUACUUUUCUUUGGACUGAGUAAGAUGUCUCGACGAGCGGCGGACAGACUGAAAGUUGUCCUGAAUCAUCUGGACCGGUCCAGCUCCGCUGUUCGCUCGUCCUUCACCUCAGCACAGACAGUGUCAUAUCAUCAUCCUCGUUCACUUCGGUACACCUUGGACACAGAUGUUCUGAGUCCAGAACAGAGAAUUGCUUAUGAAGAAAAUGGAUUUAUUCUCAUCAAAAACCUGGUUUCAGAAGAAGACAUAGAUCGGUUUAGAGCAGAGUUUGAGCGUAUCUGCAAAGGAGACGUGAAGGUUCCUGGCUUGGUGGUGAUGAAAGAUGUGGCCAUUGCUAAGACUGAGUUUGUUCAGGAUCAAAAGGCUGUGUCUAAACUGCAGGACUUCCAGGAGGACCCAGAGCUGCUCCGCUAUUGUGCCUUGCCCCAGAUUCUGAAGUAUGUGGAGUGUUUCACUGGUCCCAACAUCAUGGCUAUGCACACCAUGCUCAUCAACAAACCCCCUGACGCAGGUAAGAAGACAUCUCGCCACCCCAUGCACCAGGACUUGCACUACUUCCCUUUCCGGCCAGCUGACCGCAUCGUGUGUGCCUGGACUGCUAUGGAGAAGGUGAAUCGGCAGAACGGCUGCCUGGUGGUGCUACCCGGAACCCACAAAAGUACCUUGCAGGAACACGACUAUCCAGACUGGGAGGGUGGGGUGAACAAGAUGUACCACGGUAUUCGCAACUACGACCCCAGCCACCUCAGAUUGCAUGUAGAGAUGGAGAAAGGAGACACACUAUUUUUCCACCCUUUGCUCAUCCAUGGGUCAGGAAUGAACCAAACACAGGGAUUCCGGAAGGCCAUCUCCUGUCACUAUGCCAGUGCUGACUGUUAUUACAUCGAUGUGACUGGAACUUCCCAAGAAAAUAUCAGUAAGGAGGUGAAGGACCUUGCUACCAAAAAAUAUGGAACAGAUAUAUCUGUUUCCUUUGAGGAAACGUGGGCUUUGAGGGGGCGCCUUGUGCACGGAGAGAGGACAUCACUGUGACCCUUUUUUCUUGCUCAGAAACACACAGUUACAAAAGUGAUUGAUAGUUAUCAGCAAAGCAAUAGUGUUGUCUUUGAUGUGUACGUUUAAAAGCAAAGGGAGGUUAAUGCAGGUGGGAAAACACAGCAAAUUGCCAUUGACAAAUGUAAUUUUUUUUAUAACCCUUAUUCUGUGCGAUAGCUAUCAUAAAAUAACUAUAGUUCAGUCUGAAUGCAGUUUCUACUAGGACUGCGGCAUUUAGUCCACAAAAAUUACUACAUUGUAAAAAAAAUUCAGUUCAGUGUGCCAAGCACAAUACAGAAAAACAGAGGUAGCGCAAAAGCUCCAAAUAGUGGUGGAAAAGCAUUAUAUAUUAAAGCAUUACAUAUUAAAGCAUUACAUAUUAAAUUUGCUUUAGGAUGCUUUUGAGACAAUAAAUUUAAACACUUAAAAUCUAUAGAAAAUACACAUAUCACAAAAAAUAUUGGAUAUAAAAUAUCCAGCUUUUGAAUCAGCAAUAAUUUCAAUUGAGAAUUUAAUUUAUAAAUUGAAUUCUCUAAUUUCUAGUGCCAUUAUUUAAAAUUUAUUUCUCACCGAAACUGAAGCAAUCUUUAGUCAAUUAACUGAAAAAUAAUCGAUAGAUUAAUCAAUCCUAAAAGAAACCAUUGGUUGCAACCCGAGUUUCUACCACAUUUUCAAUACUGGUUGUUAUGGCAUAGUCUAGAAUGAUACAAUAAUGACAUGCACAACAUUCCAUAUAGAACAGAUAAGACCCCAGUUAGAACAGGUGGGCAGUUUUGGGAUAUAAACAGUAAGUGUUAUUCAGUCAUCCUUUACUGAACUGGCAGGGUAGCUCACAAGUGUGUGACGUCAGAAUCAAGCUGCUUAUUUCAACAUUUUUUAUGUGAUCAUUGGCAUGUAAAAUGGAGCAGUAAUGCUUUUUUUAAAGGAACUCUCUGGAAUCAGAAUGGAAUGGGGUUUAUGCUCACGUCUACAUUGACCUUUAAGUGCAGGCCUUUUGAGGAGUUCAGUUAAUUUUUCCCUCACCCAGGGUUGCCUUCACAUUGUAAAUGCUGCUAUUUGUAAAAAUAUCAGUAUUCGCACUAAAAAUGUCUUUAAUCUGAAUGAUUGUAAUAAUUAUUAAGUUAAGUUAAUUACUAAGUUAAUUAUUAAGUUAAGUAAGUCUUGUUAUUUUGCUAAAAUAAAUACAUUUUGGACACUAAAUAUUGCAUUCCAUUGAAUACAACCAUGAAAGCUUUUGUGCAGUACAUUAUUUUGCAGCCAUCUUUGCCUUAUAAGGAGGCUUUGUGCACUAAAAAGCAACGCAAGCAACUAACACAUCAAUGCUGUUUUAUAAUUUUUUUUAUUUAACUAAAUAGGAGCAGGAUAUAUUUGCAUUUUAAGAACAGGCACCUUUUACAUUCACAAACAUGAUGUGCCUUUAAUUUAAGUCUUAUUAGUUUAAGUGAAAGAUGUAAGAUAAGGACUCUUAAGUCUGGUCAUUAUGCUAUUUCAGGGCUUUUCAUAGGACGUACUCACUCAAUCUGACCAAUGAUAUCAUCUACAUCAGCACAACAACUACUAACCACCUUCCAGACUGGCAGAGAAGGAGAAAAACUGUAAAGAGUGUUUGUGAAUACGGUAUUGUGUUCAUUUGGCAACUCACUUACUUAGCGUUUGCUCACACUGAGUGGACUGAGUGCAAACAGGACACAUACACAGCAGCAUGUAAACAGCACUGAUGAGGUGAUUUGUUCUCCUGAAGCCCACUGAUGCCAGGAGUGUCUAAACAUUUUGGAGGCCUCUGUCCACCCCAAUCAAGAAUGAACAGUUCAUUGUAGUCAGGAAAAACAAGCUAUGUUAAAUAUAUUAAACCAACAUUUGUUUGAUGUUAAA